AUGGGUUCUGUAGUGCUUAAGUCGCUCUCGGUGCUCCUCGGCAUAUUCUUUGUUUUCGUCGGCACCAUGAAGCUGACGUCGCACAUCAGCAAGGAGUUGCACAAGGACCUGAGGAAGGAAUACGUCAAGUACGCAAAAGUUUUCCCGCUUUCGGGAACACUUGACUUUAAGGUGCCCAGCAAGUGGUAUCGGAGAGUAGUCGGCUCGCUUGAGAUCAUCUGUGGCCUCGCCAUGGCGAUUAUUCCAAGUCACAAAGUUAAAAACUUUUCAAACACGGUUCUGCUUCUUUUGAUGCUGAUGGCCGUGUACUCUCAUUACAUGGUUAACGACAAAUUCGAGAGGAUCGCCCCGGCACUGGUAUUCUUCUUUAUGUUGACGGGGCGACUGGUGAUCGAUUGGCAGCUCAGGCGACAAAACACACAAUCGGUGACGGCGAACGGUGUCGACGACAAAGCUAAGAAGCAAGACUGAACGGGAUUACAUUUGGAAAACGUGUUGUCUGUUUUUAUUUUAAAUCACGUAAUUCUACGAUUUAAUUUCUGGGACACACUGAUUCUGAGAAAAAUUAAUUAAUUUGUAUAUAUAGACACUCGUUCUAAU